AUGUUUGGACCAGAGCACGGGACCGCCAGUGGGACCGCAGCCUGGGCCGGCUGGACGCAGCCGCAGCAGGAAGGCGUCUUGGUAGAUUCCGCGGGAGUGAUUCACGCCGACAGCGAGUGCAAACAGCGGCGUGAAACAAGUGAGGACGUGCCCACGAGUUACUGUGGGGGAGACCCUCCCCCGACCCAAGCGCCUUGCGAGGUGGCCUGUCAUGCAGACUGUGUUCUCAGCGUCUGGUCCGUCUGGUCCCCCUGCACACACAGUUGUGCCUCAAAAACUGCAGACGGCCGACAAAGCCGCACACGCACUGUGUUGGCGCUUCCGGGAAAAGAUGGGAAAACGUGUCCAGGACCUCCGGCUUUGGAGGAGUGGAGAGUUUGCAAUGACCACCCUUGCCUGGUGUUUUACUGGGAGGCCUCGGCAUGGGGGCCCUGCAUGGCGGAUCCCUUUUUGGACUUCAAUCAAACAAGCCUCUGGAAUGAAACAUCUCCCUGUACUACGGGUGUCCAAAUUCGGAAAGUUACCUGCCUGAAAAUGAACGGUGGACUCGUUGUGAGCAAAAGAUGCCCCGAGUCCACGCGGCCAGAAACACUCCGGCCCUGUGAUCUCCCGUGCAAGAAGGACUGCAUCGUGACGCCCUUCAGCGAGUGGACGGCCUGCCCAUCAACCUGCGUGCCAGAAAAUACGAGCUCGGCCACGCAGUCUCGCUACCGCACCAUCAUUCAAAGGUCAGCUGACGGAGGUCAAGAGUGCCCUGACACUCUGUAUGAGGAGAGAGAGUGCGAAUCCCUCCAAGCGUGUCCAAAAUACAGGUGGAGGACACACAAGUGGCACGCCUGCACUUUGGUCCCCGAUCCCGUCCAGCGCAGCGCGUCUCGGACGGCGGAAACCUGCGGAAGCGGCCUGGAGACCAGAGGAGUCAGCUGUGCCGGGGACCAGGACCUGGCGGCCAACAUGACGGAGUGCCUGCGCUGGGCCGGUCCUUUGCCCGCUCAGAUCCGAGAGUGCCGAGUGGCUUGCAGGGACGACUGCGCUCUGACUCCGUGGUCCAAGUUCUCGGAGUGCGGCGGCGGCGGGUGUGGCGGCUUCCAACGACGCAAACGGUCGCUCCUAGGUCGUAGUAAAAAGAAGGAGCAGUGCUUGGAUGAGGCGUCAUACCCGCUGGAGGAGAAAGAGGCAUGUCCCUGCGAGGAGUACCUGUCCCAACCCUUUGGCAACUGGUCUGACUGCAUCCUUGACGAACCUUCGACUCCGGACUCCCUGCAGGGUUGGAUGAGCUCCCAGGAGGUGAAGGAGUGUGGUCAAGGCCUGCGCUACACGGCCGUGGCCUGCCUUGACCAACGGGGAGGUCUGGUCGAGCCCACCCUGUGCACGGACGAGGGUAAGGUCUCAACCACGUUCAUGGCAGAUGACAUUCUCCACAAAAAAACGAAGCAAUGUUUUACAAUUAAUGCUUAA